CGUGCACUGAAACUCCCUUUUUUAUUUUGGGUCUGCAGAUUUCCUACUUCUGAUUCAAGCUUUUUAGUCUUCCUCUUUCCACAACCAAAAACAGAACUUGCAUAGAAAAUGCAAAUUGAUUGAUAAAAAUACCCAACUACCCAAUUCUGUUGAGCCUGUAACCGUUAAAACGGUGUCGCAUUCUUGCUAAACAAUGAGCCCCAUUUCGUCUCCAUUUCAACCUCUCUCCCUCCCUGUUUUCACUUCACUGUAUAAAUAUAUUGAGAGUGCUAUUCAGUCUUGGUGGUCAACCGUUUUCUCUCUCCAAAUCUUUGGGUUCAGUGGUUUAAUAUUUUCUGGCUCUGUUUACUCUGUUCCUACCUACUAGAUUUUCUGUGUGGAUGUAAUAACAGAGAAAACAAAAAUGAACGGAGAUCCUUCAUCGCCAGACCUUCAUUGCCAUGAAGAUCCGAACUUUUUGUAUGAAGAUGAUGAAGAGAUGGCAGAAGUAAACGUAGUCGUUAAUCAAAACGAAAUUGAGUUGGAAGAAGCCCACUUGCAUAGCUUAAUUGACCAAGAGAUCGCAUUUGGGUUCAGGAGGGUUGAAGAUUUGGUCAUUGACGACUGGGUUCAAGAAGCUCGCUUGCAAGCUAUCACAUGGGUUCAAACAAGAACAAGAGCUCUUGGGUUUCAUCCCAGAACAGCAUAUUUGGCCAUCACAUACUUUGAUCGGUUCAUUUCCCUGCAAGCCAUCCCUGAAAAAAAAAGGGCUGCUUUCGUUAGAGUGAUUUCAGUGGCAUGUCUAUUAUUGGCUGCAAAGAUGGAGGAGAUGAACCGCCCACCACUUUCACAAUACACAAUCCAAUUCCAAGGCGGAAGUAUUAAGAAAAUGGAGCUUCUGGUAUUGGUAGUCUUGAAAUGGGAGAUGAAUUUAAUCACACCCUUUGCGUUUCUUGAUAACUUCAUCGCAAAGUUGUGCCAAGAAUCUCCACCAGGUCUAAAAUCCGGGAUUGAACAACGGCUCCUUUCCAUAAUGACAGAGAUUCAUUUAAUGCAUCAUCGACCAUCUGCCAUAGCAGCUGCCGCCACCUUGAUGGCAGUGGAUCAGAACUUAGCACAAGAAGCAUUGGAAGCCAAGAUAACAUCCAUUCCUGAAUUGUACUUCCUGGAAAUUGAAGCUGUGUAUUCAUAUUACACGAUAAUGCAGGUGCCAUAGACGAAUUAACCUAAAGAAUUUGGAGGCCAGUAGAUGUUGUAGGAAAUUCUUGAGUUACAUCAGGGAAGUGAUUCUGCUACUUUGGUAAAUACCAUAUACGACAAUUAGUAGUUUUCAUAUUGGUUUAAAGAGUGUGUAUAGUUCUUAGUUCAUGAUUUGGAGAUGAUCAGAAAAAGCUUCCUUAAGAAUAUUUACAGAAAAUAAAAAAGAAAAGGGGCCAUAAAGGCAAAGUUUUUGGACUCAUAUCAGAGCUGGUUGCUGUUACCUCUUGUGGUUUUGCUUUUUUUUUUUUUUUUUUUUGGGUACUUAUAAUUCUCGGGUUCAGAUAUCUGUUUUGGUUAUCAGAGGAGGGGGUUGAUUUGGGUUUCUGAUUGGAUGUUUGGAAUGCUUUUUAGUUUGUGUGAUUUGAUGCUUCUAUGUUGCAUGUUGGCCAUCAAAACAGUUUUGUAAAGGUGAAUGUGAAUAGAUUUGUUUGAAUAUUUGGGGAUUGCCUUUUGAGGCGGGCCCUGCUCUUUUUCUUAUUUGAAACAUUGGGGUUGGCUUAGCUAUGCAUUGCUGAGGUGUCAUCGAAACAAAAAAAACUUUUUUAUAAUGGAAAUUCUCGGCUAAUAAUAUAAUAAUAUAUGAGAUUUUUUUUUAUGUGUCAUUGUGUUAUUGACCGAGAUAGUAAAAAGUGUUAUUAUCUUGCAUGAGAGUUUCUCCCCAUCGAAACCCAAGACAUUGGAUCAAAUGGUUUUUCCAUGUGGAUCAUAUUUUGAAGCUAAAGUUACCAGUCUUAACCUCGGAGAAAACAAAAAAACAAAAACAAAAAUUACCUGUUUUAGGUUAUGGGCUGCUGUUCAGAAAUUUUACAGUUUUACACUUUCUUUUUACCCUUUCACGUACAACGGAAAAAUAAAAAAUAAACAGUUUGCAUGGCAUAUCAUAGUCGUUAAUGCUUUUUUAUUUUUUGAAUGGCUAAAAGAGUUGAUAGUCGUGCUGUCAAAACUUGGUCAACUAGAAAAAUAGCAUCUUUGAUCUUUGACCGUAGCUGAAUUACCAAGGGUCUAUAUAAUCUCAAUUUACACGUAAAAAUAAUUUAGACUUACAUUUUAUUUGAGAUUUUACUUUUCCCACUUGGUGGUUCUGAUAUCGUGCUAAUUAGAACUUGAGAAAAUUUUUACAAUCGCUCAUAUCGACUCCAAUCCUUUGGUACCACGUGUGCCCUAGUUUGAAGAGGCCUCGAGGCAGAGAAAAUAGCACCUGCCCAUAAUAUAUAAUCACGAUGGCCUACUAAGAAAACAGUGGUGUCUAUAUACUAUAAUAUAGCACUAUAAGGCAAGGCGGUAUUAGGCAAUAAGAAGAGCAAUGCCAAGAAUGAACUGCAGGAUCAAACUUCUGUUAG